CGAUGUAAAAUUGUUAUACGGAGAUUUAUUUGUCGGUUUGAAUUUGCUAUGAACUCUGUCAGUGCAGACGUCGUUCCGUUUCUGGCUUAUUAUGGGCUGUCCUCCGGUUGAGUAGCGGAAUGCAGCGGUCACACUGUGCAUUAUUAGCUAUAACACACUUCAGGUUUAUGUUUGCUCAUUCUGACCGUAAACGUGUUCUCCCUGCAUGCUGGUCUGGAUUCAGCCGUAGGGUUAAAUAAACGGUAAAGCUGCGAGUCAUUUGGCUCCACCUGCACCACAUUGCAGCUGAAUCCUGUCAAACUUCUUAAACGAGUUCAAAUGCAAGUCAACUAGUGAGUUCUGCUUCUCUUUGCUCUUCGGCAAGUGCACUGACUUCGGCGGGGAAACAUGGACGACAAUGAUGAAGAGGAGAGCUGCAGCAUUUACCCGAGCCUUGUUCCUCUCAGUAGUGAGUUUACCACCAGGAUGCAGAAGUUUGUGGAGGAGAGGACAGAAGUCAAUAUGUGGACUGUCAUACUGAUUGGAGCUGUGACAGCAGUUUCUGUUGUUGGAACUGUUGUGUUCCUUCUUUACAGAAGAUACAAACUGUCAAAGGAGGAGGCUGGUGUCCCUCACUACCGCUUCAGGAAGAGGGACAAAGUGAUGUUCUACGGCCGAAAGAUCAUGAGAAAGGUCCAGACACUGUCCUCUGUUCCUCCUUCUAACUCCAGCUCAGCCUCGCGGCAGAGAGUGAGGAAGAGGACCAAGGUGCUGUCAAUAGCUCGCAAGAUUCUGCGUAUCCGGAAGGAGCCCCCCACCCUGCAGCCAAAAGAGCCUCCUCCCUGUCUGCUGGAGGCUGACCUGACGGAGUUUGAUGUUCAGAACUCCCACCUGCCCUCUGAGGUGCUGUACAUGCUGAAAAAUGUCAGGGUGCUCGGCCACUUUGAGAAGCCUCUCUUCCUGGAGCUGUGUCGUCACAUGGUGCUGAUCCAGCUGCACCAGGGAGAGGCUCUCUUCCGACCCGGUGACACCGAUGACAGCAUUUACGUGGUUCAAGACGGACGCCUGGAGCUGUGCAUCCAUGAGAGCGAUGGAACAGAUGCUGUGGUUAAGGAGGUGUUACCAGGAGACAGCGUUCACAGUUUGCUCAGUAUCCUGGACAUCAUCACAGGCUAUCCAGCUCCUUAUAAGACGGUGUCUGCUCGGGCAGCGAUUCCCUCCACUGUCCUGCGUCUUCCAGCUUCAGCAUUUCAGUCAGUCUUUGAGAAAUAUCCUGAAACUCUGGUCCGUGUCAUCCAGAUAAUAAUGGUGCGACUCCAGAGGGUGACCUUCCUCGCCUUACACAACUACCUUGGUCUUACCACUGAGCUCUUCAAUCCGGAGAGUCAGGCUAUCUCCCUGGUGUCGGUGGCAAAUGUUCUGGGUGAGGCUCAUCCACACAAAAGCUUCCGCCGACAGGCAUCCCACUCUGACGAUCUGGGCUCAGAAAAGGCUGACGCUGAAACGUCCAACAUCUCUGACAUGUCCACAUCAAAAUACAAGAAAUCUCGCUCUCUCUCCAACCCACUUGCUGUGACAGGUGAAAUGUCAGUUGACCUCAACAGAGUGUAUGAACGGGGUCGAGUUUCUAAAGAAGACUUGAUGCCUCACAGUCCUGUGAAGUCUAUUUUAAAGAAGAGUGUGACGAUGCAGCAUACUCCGUCUGCGGUUUACCACUACAGUGAUGCUGGAGGAGGAAAUGUCUACCAUAACAAAGUUAAUGCAAUUUUCCAAGCUGCUAAAAAGGAUCUGCUGCGGGUCAUCCAAAUACAGGAUCCCAGUCUGCUGGAAGGGAGGGUGAUUCUUCGCCAGGUCAAAGCCGGCUCUAUUGUGGCCCACCAGGGAGACCAGGAUGUGAGCGUGGCGUUUAUCAUUUCUGGGUCACUCCAUGUCUACCAGCGGAUGACAGACCGUGAGGAGGAGAGCCUGCUUUUUGUCACCCACCCAGGAGAGAUGGUGGGUCACCUGGCUGUUCUCACAGGGGAACCCCUCAUCUUCACUGUGCGAGCGCAUCGAGAUUGCACCUUCCUCUCCAUAUCCAAGGCCCACUUCUAUGAGAUGAUGCGUGAAGAGCCCAGAGUGGUGCUGAAUGUAGCUCACACCGUGGUGAAGAGGGUGUCACCAUUUGUCAGACAGAUCGACUUUGCUUUGGACUGGAUGGCUACAGAGGCUGGCCGUGCUGUGUACAGACAGGGAGACAAGUCAGACAGCACCUUCAUCGUCCUCAGUGGUCGUCUGCGCUCUGUUAUUGCAAAGGAUGAUGGGAAGAAGGAGCUGGCAGGAGAGUAUGGCCGUGGGGAUCUAAUUGGUGUGGUUGAGGCUCUGACACACAUGAACCGAGCCACCACGGUCCACGCCGUCAGGGACUCUGAGCUCGCCAAGCUGCCUGAAGGAGCACUGAACUCCAUCAAGAGGAGGUAUCCUCAGGUUGUCACCAGGCUGAUUCAUCUGCUGGGCCAGAAGAUCCUGGGGAACAUGCAGCAGGUCAACGGACCUCUGGCUGGUCGUAGCUUGGCUCUUCACACUCCCACCAGUAAGUGGGAUGCUGGGAACCCAGCUUCUAACCUGUCCACUGUGGCCAUCCUGCCUGUAUCUGAGGAGGUUCCCCUUACCGCCUUCACCCUGGAGCUGCAGCAUGCACUCAGUGGCAUCGGCCCCACACUACUGCUAACCAGUGACAUCAUCAAACAGAGACUGGGUUCUGCUGCUCUGGACAGUGUCCAUGAGUACCGUCUGUCCAGCUGGCUCGGUCAGCAGGAAGACAUCCAUCGCAUCGUCCUCUACCAGUCUGACCCCGGCCUCACGCCUUGGACGCAGCGCUGCAUCCGCCAGGCCGACUGCAUCAUCAUUGUGGGACUGGGUGAGCAGGAACCCACGGUGGGAGAGUUGGAACGAAUGUUGGAAGGUGGCGCUGUUCGGGCUCAGAAGCAGCUGGUGCUGCUGCACAGGGAGGAUGGACCGCCGCCCAAAGGGACGGCUGAGUGGCUGAACAUGCGGAGCUGGAUCUCCAGACACCAUCAUUUGUCAUGUCCCCGCAGAGUGUUCUCUAGAAGGAGUUUACCUAAACUGAGAGAGCUGUACCAGCGUGUGUUUGAAAAAUGUCCAGAUCGUCAUUCCGACUUCUCCCGCCUGGCCAGGAUCCUGACAGGAAACAGCAUCGCCUUGGUGCUGGGUGGAGGGGGCGCCAGAGGCUGCUCUCAGGUCGGCAUCCUACGGGCGCUGAACGAGGCAGGGAUCCCUGUCGACAUGGUGGGUGGCACCUCCAUCGGCUCCUUCAUGGGCGCCCUGUACGCCGAGGAGAAGAGCAACAGCCGGAUGAGGGCCAGAGCCCACGAGUGGGCCAUGGAUAUGACCUCUUACUUUAAGAAGAUCUUGGAUCUGACCUACCCAGUCACCUCCAUGUUUUCUGGAGCUUCCUUUAACUCCAGCAUUAGCUCUGUGUUCAAGAACAAACAGAUAGAGGACCUGUGGUUGCCAUACUUCAACGUAACAACAGACAUCACAGCUUCCUCGAUGAGAGUUCACACUGACGGUUCGUUGUGGCGGUAUGUCCGUGCCAGCAUGUCCCUGUCUGGUUACCUGCCUCCUCUCUGUGACCCCAAAGAUGGACACUUACUCAUGGAUGGAGGGUACAUCAACAACCUUCCUGCCGACGUGGCUCGGUCCAUGGGGGCCAAGGUUGUGAUUGCCAUCGAUGUUGGAAGCCGGGAUGAAACCGAUCUGACCAACUAUGGUGACUGUCUGAACGGCUGGUGGCUGCUGUGGAAGCGAUUAAAUCCACUGGCGGAGAAAAUCAAGGUCCUGAACAUGGCGGAGAUCCAGACCCGGCUUGCAUAUGUCUGCUGUGUGCGGCAGCUGGAACUGGUCAGAGACAGUGAGUACUGCGAGUACAUCCGACCGCCCAUCGACCGCUACGGCACGCUGGAGUUUGGCAAGUUCGAUGAGAUUGCUGAUGUGGGCUACCAGCAUGGGAAGACGCUGUUCGAUGUGUGGCAGCGCAGCGGUGUGGUGGACAGCAUGCUGAAGGACAGACAUCAGGAGGAGUUCCACAAGACCAGGACUGGCCAUGUCGUCACGUGUCCAAACGCCUCCUUCACCGACCUGGCAGAGAUAGUGUCCAGAAUCGAACCUGUGAAGAACGCCUUAAUCAAUGAGGAACUGUCUGAUGAGUACCAGACGGACUACGAUGAAGAGGCAGUGGAAAGUGCGCUGUCUGACUUUGAGGCGUUCGCCCCCGGCAGUGAACACACAGAGGGAGAGGAGACAGCAGACACAGCUGAGACUGAUGAAGAGAUUCAGAUCAGAGUUCGACAGCGGGGGAGGAAUGCCCCUGAAAGUGCUCGGCUGUGAUGUCCUGCACAGCAGACACUGUCCAGUGCAGUGUUUGCUCUGGUCCAGUGAGCAGCCAGGUACCAAACUCACUGUAAGCUUCCCUGUUGCUGGAUGCAGGUCCUUCAGCUGCGUCCAGACAGAGAGCUGUUGUCAUCGUGGCCGCUACUUCUGAUCUUACCGUCCUGCUCAGCACACACUGCUGCUAUGAACUGGUGGACUGCUGCUUAAAGUAGGGUCGACUAUUAUAAAUACUGAUUGAUGCCUCUAGAAGGAUAAUCAGACUUUAAAGCUGGUGUUGCUCCCAUUUCUGGUUUCUCUCCAUUAAGCUGGUAAAGCUGUGCGUCGUUCACAGUUCCUGUAAAAUCACCUCCUGCAUCGUCUCCUUCGGUACUUUGUUGGUUGCUUGUGACUUUCAUGCCUUGUGCUGCUAUGUUCACUGUGAAAUCAGUGGAGGGUUAGUAACAUAAUAGUUUUGAUAGAGCAAAGAGACCCAGUGUGUCUUAAUCAUCAAGAAAAAAAAUUAAACAACUCCAACAAUUCUUUAAAUACAGCAGGGUAUUUUAUAGUUGUGUAUUUUACAGCUUAUUUUAUUUAUUUUACAGCCUGUAUUGAAGUGACAAUAGUUCAGGGCAAGUCUAACUGUAUCACCAAUCUGUAAAGACUGGCAUCGCCAUAGAGGCAUACCACGCACUAAUACCCUGCAGUUUUUCAUCAAAGUAUUUCAUAUCGUGCAUCGCUACACAUGCUACUGUUCAAAAGACUGGGGUCACUUAGAAAUGUUCUUAUUUUUUAAAGAAAAGCAUUUUUUUUAAUGAAGAUAGCAUCAAAUGAAAGAUAAAUCCAGUGUAGACAUUGUUAAUGUGGUAAAUGACUAUUCUAGCUGGAAACAGCUGAUUUUUAAUGGAAUAUCUCCAUAGAGGUACAGAGGAACAUUUCCAGCAACCAUCACUCCUGUGUUCUAAUGCUACAUUGUGUUAGCUAAUGGUGUUGAAAGGCUAAUGGAUGAUUAGAAAACCCUUGUGCAGUUAUGUUAGCACAUGGAUAAAAGUGUGAGUUUUCAUGGAAAACAUGCAAUUGCCUGUGUGACGCCAACCUUUUGAACUGUGGUGUACGUAGCGACUUCCUGCCAUAAUGAUUCUGAUUCAUUUAUGUGUGUUUCAUACAUCUAAGUUAAAAGAUGUUUUAUAUGCUUACACUACGGUUCAAGUGCAGUUACCCUCUUUUUGUCCAGUAAUGAAGGGAAUUUGUCCUCUUUGAGAGCAGAAAUGUCUGCUGUGAAAAUAGUACUGUGAACAGUGACUAUAAUAAGCUUUUUAGUACAAAAUCUAUCCUAUGGGAUAAUUUGAUUCAUAUUUUUCUACAUUAAGCCUGACAAACUGAAACACUUGGUGGCCCUUCCACUGACUUUUCUUCAUGACAGACUUUUCAGCUGUGUUCCAAUUUGACUCUGUAUUAACCCUGUAAAACCCACAACAUCAGUUUUAUAUAUUUAGUUUAUUAUAUAUAUAUAUAUAUUUGCUAUUUUUUUCUAUAUUUGGGUUUACAGUGUCAUGUCGAUUGUACAUAAAUAAAGAGGUUGUUUCUACUAAUAUUUUUGCGCAAUUUAACAAGAAAUGUGCAAACGUAACAUAUCUCAGGCCUGAACACUGGAUCUGAACACUGAAAUACAAAAACAGAAGCAACUUUUUAAGUUCAUUAUAUAUUAAAAAAAUAGGUUGUUUCUUCUAAUUAUACUAUGUAAUUUUUAAACAAUGGGCAAAUGUGACAUAUCUCAGGCCCAAAAACAUUGAAAAAUUAAGUUCUUGAAGGAAAAUAAGUUGAUUACAAAUAAAGACUGAUUGUUUCUACUAAUAUUUCUAUGUAAUUUAAAAAGAAAUGUGCAAAUCUGAUAUAUCUCAGGCCCAAAAAUGCUGAAACAUGAGGUCCUUAAUACGUCACAUUUGGACAGUUCUUUUUAAAUUAUGUCAAAAUAUUCGUCAAAACAACCUAUUUAUUAUCGACGUAACCCUGUAAAACCCUAAUAAAUAAUAAAGAAAUAAUAAAUAAAACUGAUGAUGUAUUUUUGCAACAGUGGCUUUUAGGGGGUGAAUUACUAGCCAGACUGUCAGUCAGGUAGUAUGCAACAGGUAAAUCACAGGUGUGUUAGUGAUGGCUGCAUUCCACAUAGAGGAGCUGCACUACGACUCACUGAAAUGGUUUACUGGGACACUUAAUGGAAUUGAGCUUUCAUCAAUUCCACCUGUGCUGUCCCUGUUGUGACGAGUUAAAAUGUCUGCCAUGAUGAAGGUCUUUUGUCUUUUCUGAGUCUAUUAACACUCAAUGGAGGAGCUGCUCACAGAAGAAAUGAAAAAUUCAUUCUACAUCUCUGGAAAGCAUGUUAUCUGUGAUUUUAAGUCUCAGUCUAAUUGAGCAGACAGGUAGCAUAGAAGUGGGACACAGCAUUUGACCCUUCAUAGCAGGGGAAGCAUAAUGAUGGGACUAAUAAUGUUAUUGAAAGCCGGAGUGCUCGGAUAAACCCUUCCUGGCCCUGAACACUUUGUGCUGGUCUGUGGAAUGGCACCAUUAGAUUGAAAGACCUUACAGUUAUGGUUUUUAUCGGUAAUGGGAGAAAUUUGUCUUCAUUCCCUCCUAGUUGAAAGGCAUUAAGGAAUCAGGUGAGGUUGGAUAGAAAGCAAGAAAAUCCCUGUAUGGAGGAUGUAGAUGUUUAUGGAUGGGUCAAGCAAAGAACUUUCUCCCAGUGGACAAAAUAAAAGUCAAUGUUGACUCAUUAUUUUCAGACUUAGUUGACCUAUUAUUUUUCAUUUUGGUUUUAUGUAUUUAUUUUUCAGUAUUCAGUCGCUAAGGAAAGGCAACAAACUACUAGUUUGGGUUUAGUUUUAGGGUAAGGGUUGCACUAGACCCUUUCAUAAUGCUAAUAAUGUGUUAGAAAACCAUGAAGACAAACUUCUCCUAUUUUUCAUACAGUUUAUCGGUAUGACUGUUCAACACAGUUAGUACAUUACACAGUGGCUUUAGAGUAUUACUGAUCCUAACAGUUCCCAUGCAGGCUUAUAAUGACAGAACCAGAAACAAAAAGUGCUCCAUGAAUGUUUUGUGUCUGAACUUUCUUAUAUGACGCUGUGAGAUUGAAUGAGAUUCACAGAACAUGAUUUACAACAGUGCUACCUAACACUGGCAUGAUAAUGCAACAUUCAGCUUUUUUAGCUGCCACUUGUCCUUAUUAAUCACUCUAGUUCAGUAGCUCAUGAAUUGAUUCAUAUUGACUGAUUGUUUUUAUGACUGGAACACAAAAUAAGUUAGUUAUUAGUGUAAUACACCACCGUUCAAAAGUUUGGCUCACUUAGAAAUGUCCUUAUUUUUGAAAGAAAAGCAGUUUUUAUCAAUGAAGAUAACAUUAAAUGAAUGAUAAAUUCAGUCUAGACAUUGCUAAUGUGGUAAAUGACUAUUCUAGCUGGAAACAGCUGAUUUUUAAUGGAAUAUCUCCAUAGGGAUACAGAGGAACAUUUCCAGCAACCAUCACUCCUGUGUUCUAAUGCUAGAUUGUGUUAGCUAAUGGUGUUGAAAGGCUCAUUGAUGAUUAGAAAACCCUUGUGCAGUUAUGUCAGUUAUGUUAGCACAUGAAUAAAAGUGGGGGUUUGCAUGGAAACCUGAAAUAGCCUGAGUGAGUCCAAACUAUUGAACGGUAGUGUAGGUCUCAUAAUAAUCAAAUGAAGUGUUUGAUGAUGUAAGUGGUUUAUUGUUUUAGGGAGUUACCACUAUGUUAGCAUACUGUCUGUCAAAAUCUGUUUCAGUUUGUUGAGAGUUGUAUGUUAAGUCUUGAAACAGAAUGACGCAGAUUGUUUAAUUAUGAAUGUUGUGCGAAUAUUAGUAACAUGUACAAUAUUUGAUAGAAAUGUUUCUUUCUGGAAUCAGUGCUGGAGGGAAAUCCAAAACAAUGAAAACUGCACCGAUGAGGCCAGAAGAUGAAUUUAUUCUGUGCAAUGUAAAACUGAUUAACCUGUGUUUUGCAGCUUUGUAACCUCUGUGUAAAUGACAUGUUGUGGUCGGUCCUUGUCAGUGAUGACAGAAUUCAGGAAAAAUGUUGCUGCACCAUGUCAGAUUUUGUUCAGUUUACUCAUUUGUUAUUUGGGACUCAAAAUCCAUAAAAUAUUUUGGCUUUGA